CACAGAGCAGAGCACUCUUCACUUCUGCUUUGGAAGUUCAUCUUGGUGACUCUGGAAGUUAUCCAAAAUGAAAUUCGACAACAUACUUUCAGAAAUAGGUGGCGUUGGAAAAUUUCAAAUUAAAUUAAUCUUGAUCCAGGUCCUAUCUCGAAUCACGGUACCGUGUCACUUCCUGCUCAAUAACUUCAUGGCCGGGGUUCCCGUUCACCACUGCGAUAUCAGCACUCUGGAUAACUUAAACAUCUCCUCGAAUUUAACUUUGGAACAGAAGCUGACCGUUAAUAUUCCGACAGAGACAGACGGGACUCUGAGCUCCUGUAUGAUGUUUUCCGAGCCUCGAUAUCCAAACUUGUUGAACAGCAGUGAGGAGUCAUCGGUUGUUCAGUGUCAAAACGGAUGGGUAUACGACAAAACCUAUUUUAAAUCGACAAUAGCAACAGAGUGGGAUCUUGUGUGCAGCAGGAAAGGUAUGAACAAAGCAACAGCCACCAUCUUCUUCAUUGGUGUUAUGUUAGGAGCGCCUUUGUUUGGAUUUCUUAGUGACAGAUUUGGCAGGCGCCGGCUGCUCUUGGUAUCCUAUCUGACAACUAUGACAUUUGCCGUCCUAAGUGCGCUCUCCCCGUCCUAUGCAAUGUUUGGAGUUAUGCGUUUUUUCACUGGGAUGUCCAUUGCUGGAAUAAGUAUCAUCUCAAUUGUUCUAAAUUUAGAGUGGCUGGGCGUAGAACAGAGGACACUCUAUGGUAUCAUCUUCAGCCUUGAUUGGACACUUGGAAGCUGCAUUUUGGUUGGAAUGGCAUAUUUUGUAAAUGAGUGGAGGUUGCUCAUUCUGGCCGUGACCUCGCCCUUGAUAUUGGCCCUGGUUGCUUGGAGGUGGCUUCCAGAGUCUGGAAGGUGGCUUGUGGCUAAAGGAAAGAUCGAUGAUGCCCAUUAUUACAUCAAUCAAUGUGCAGAAAUGAACAACAGAUGCAAAUGCAUGGCCAAUAUCACGCCCAGGGCAUUAUUGGAAUCGGUCGAAUCCCACACCGAUGACAGGAAGUACACUUUUAUUGAUCUUUUCAAAACGGCGAGUUUAAGGAAACUCGGCAUAUGCCUUGGGAUUGUAUGGUUUGGCGUAGCGUUUACUUACUAUGGAAUAAGUCUCAACAUCACUGGGUUUGGAUUAAACCUGUACCUCACUCACUUUGUAUUUUUAUCAAUUGAAGUACCAAUGAAGAUUGCCAUUUAUUUCCUAUUGGAAAAAAUUGGGAGAAGCCCAGCUCAGAGCGGGACAAUGCUGUCAACUGGUCUCUUCCUUUUCAUCAACAUGUUUGUCUCAAAAGAUAAGUGGAUCGUUCGUACGAUUAUCGGAGUUCUAGGAAAAGCCGUGUCGGAAGCAUCGUUCACAAUCAUAUUCUUCUACACGAUUGAGCUCUAUCCCACAGUUAUACGACAGAACGGUCUUGGCUAUACUUCCUUUGUAGCCCGACUAGCUGUGUCCAUAUCUCCACUGAUCAUGCUUCUUGAAGAUAUGUGGCCUCUCCUACCACCUAUGACUUAUUGCGCAACGGCGGUUGUGCCUGGUUUAGUGGCCAUAUUCCUGCCUGAAACUAAUAAUACCAGAAUGCCUGAGUUCAUAGAGGACCUUGACAUACCAAGGGGGCUACAAGACUUUUCCCGUUUUCUCUGUGCCUCGCUCCGCAUUACCAGUCCAACUUUCGCGAUGAAGUUUGAUGACAUUUUAGCAGAAGUGAAAGGCUUCGGGCCGUUUCAGUAUAGACUAAUCCUAGCGUUGGCGAUUCCUCGUCUGGUUUUGCCUUUUCAAUUUCUACUGAAUAAUUUCAUUGCGUAUAUUCCUUUUCACCACUGCAACAUCAGUGCUUUAGAUGAUGGAGAUGUUUUUAGAAAUCUCUCCAGUGAGGAAAGGCUCAUAGUGAGUAUUCCGGUCGAGGAUGACGGGAGUUUGAGCUCUUGUCAGAUGUUUGCACAGCCUCAAUAUCAUCUGCUACUGAAUUCCUCCGACACGGCAGUUUUGCCGACGGUACUUUGUCAGAAUGGAUGGGUGUAUGAUACUUCCACCAUGAAGUCUACUCUGGCCACAGAGUGGGAUCUGGUUUGUGAGCGAAAGAGAGUGAACAAAUCCACAGCCAGUAUUUUCUUCUUGGGCGUCAUGUUUGGAGCAGCAAUCUUUGGCUAUCUCAGUGACAGAUUUGGCAGGAAAAAUAUGCUGUUGCUCUCUUUUGUGAUGACCGUAUUUUUCGGAUUCGGAAGUGCUCUAUCGACUAAUUUCGCCAUAUUUGCAGUCAUGAGAUUCUUUACUGGCUUUGGAGCUUCUGGAGUCAGCAUUGUUAGCGUGGUUUUGUGUAUCGAAUGGGCCGACAUCAAGCAUCGGUCUUUCGUGCUCAUUUUAUUAAGCUUGGACUGGAGUUUGGGAAGUUCGCUGCUUGGUGCGCUCGCCUAUUUCGUGAAUGAUUGGAGGUAUCUGAUAGCGGCGGCAACCAGCCCGCUCUUGCCGGCCAUCAUUUAUUGGUGGUGGCUUCCAGAGUCCGCUAGAUGGCUGGUGAGCCAAGGAAAGUGUAACCCCGCCUUUUUUUAUCUAACCAAGUGUGCAAUAGUAAACGACAGAAAGCAGUUUAUAGAUGACCUAAGACCUGAGGAUUUGUUAAAAAGAGUUGAAAAUGAAAAAGGGAAAUAUUCAAUGUUGGAUCUUGUGAGGACUCCGAUGUUGAGGAGACUGACUCUAAUUGCCGGCACUGUGUGGUUUGGAGUAGCCUGCAGUUACUACGGCAUCGGUUUGAAUAUCUCUGCAUUCGGCAUAAACAUUUUCGUCACGCAGUUGAUCUACGGCGUCAGUGAAAUACCCGCCAAACUUUUCUGCCUUUUUUCAAUUAACAAACUCGGCCGAAAAAUGAAUCAGAGUGGAGGACUUCUUCUGACUGGAUUGUGUUUGUUUUGCAACAUAUUUAUCCCACCUGAUAUGGCAGUGUGUCGGACAGCAUUGGGGGCACUGGGCAAGAUGUUUUCCGAAGCAGCUUUUACAGUUUUGUAUUUGUACACAACAGAACUCUAUCCGACUGUAUUGAGACAAAAUGGUUUCGGCUGCUGUUCUUUCCUCGCCCGUCUCGGUGUGGCAAUUUCACCCUUGGUGGCUCUUCUUGAGGAAGUGUGGGUCAGUUUACCCAGACUGGUGUUUGCCGUGAUGGCUUUAGGUGUUGGGUUGUUAACCCUCCUCCUUCCCGAGACAAAUAACGCCCGGCUCCCAGAGACAAUCGAAGAUGUGGAGCUGAGGAAGUAAUUGGACAUAUCUAACAAAACAUCUGUAGAUCACGCAACACAAUGUAUUGUAUGAUUCAAUAAAGAUUCUCAAAAAAA